AUGAUACGCGACGACAUACGAGACCUCAAGCAAACGACAAACAGUAAAUUUAGAGAGUCUACCGACAAAUUGAACGCUAUUGACACGAAAUUGGAUAACAUAGCUUCAACGGUCACCAAAUAUACAAGUAAGGUUGAUGCCUUGCAAGAGACAGUUGACAGCCUGCUUUUGAAGAUUGACGACCUCGAGAACCGAAGCAGACGCAAUAACCUCAUCAUUUUUGGAGUAAAGGAAGCAAAAGGGGUGCGAAUUCCCUCUCUUGAGCGGACAGUAUCGAAAGAUAUCCUUGAGGACCUGCUGAAGCUGCCCAACGUGGAUAUUGAACGAAUCCACAGAAUCGGUAGGCCAACAGAGAAUAAGUGUCGUCCAGUGAUUCUCAAACUUCUUGAUGGAAGAGACAAAUUUAGGAUUUUGAAGAACUGUGGUAAAUUGCGAGAUACGGAAUUCAGUAUUUCGGAGGACUUUUCGCCUAGGGUGCAGUCUAUCCGUAAGAAGCUUUGGGCAAGUACCAAAGUAAACAGGUCGAAUGGGGAUAAGGUCACCCUUGUUUUCGACAAGGUUAGAAUCAAUGGAACCCUUUACUUUUGGAAUGAGGCGUGGAAUGAACUUGUUCAGUCUACUAGUCAAUGCCUACGCUCUUGGGAUGACUGCACCUAA